CUAAGGUAGCAGAUCAUGAAGCUGUAUAUAAUAUGUGUUGUUUUAUUAAGUGUUUUCUUUCAUGUUCAAUCCCAUAAUUUGCAAAUGGUUUACGAUAAAGCUGAUGGCUUGAUUGCCAGUUUGAGAACGCAGCUGGAUGAGCUGAAACAGAGAUACUUGCAAGUGACAGCGUUGCCACAAAAAGCGACUCAUCAGGAAGUACUUUAUCCCUCAUCCUGCCUGGCCGCUGGCAUCAACACCAAUGGCAUUCACACCGUAGAAGUGCCUGGCCUAAAGCCCUUUCCCGUUUACUGUGACACUCGGCUUGCUGGAUCGGGUUGGACUGUGAUCCAGCGGCGUCUGGAUGGCAGUGAGAACUUCUAUCGCAGUUGGGAGGAGUACAGCCAGGGAUUUGGCAAUCUGAGUGGUGAAUUCUUUCUAGGACUGGAGAAACUACACUUUCUUACUACAGCUGAACCGUACGAGUUGUAUGUUCAUAUAGAAGAUUUCUAUGACGAUUCACGAUAUGCUCAUUACGAUAAUUUUGUUAUUGGCAAUGCUUCCGAUUCUUAUGCACUGGAAACUUUGGGAAAAUACUCCGGAAAUGCCGGGGAUUCUUUGGCUUAUCACAAGGGAAUGCCCUUUUCCACAUUCGAUCAUGAUGUUUUGGGUCAUGGUUGUGCCAGGAGAUAUGUGGCCGCCUGGUGGUAUGAUCAGUGUCAAAGGAGCAACCUAAAUGGUCAGUAUUUGGAUGGCGGAAGGUUCGAGGCCAAGCUAUCUGGCAGAGGAAUCACCUGGAUGAGCUGGCGUGGCUAUGAUUAUGGCUACAAGUUUGCACAAAUGAUGAUCAGGCCCAAGUGUUUCAACAAUCUACAAAGGCAGCGUCAAUCUAAUUGAAAUUCCACAUUGAAAACAACACCGAAAAACAUUGCC